AUGAAGUUCGGCAAGAAAGCGCUGCUGGGCUCCUCUUUAUUCUUCCCAUGCUUUAUCUAUGCAGGGACUGGAGCGGACGUCUCAAACCGCCUUCAAUAUCCGCGUGGAGUGCUCAAUGCUACGAUUAUUAGUUCCGAGCAAAGCUUACAACGACCUUCAUCAGACCCCGCUACAGCAUCAUCAUCAUCGAUAAGCCACCUUAUAACCGCAGCCUCAUCCUCAUCAACUACGACUGCAUCAUCACAAGGUAGCUCGAAUGACUCUGCAUCACUUGACCCGCCUUCCCAACAGGACCCAUCACCAAAACCUACUGAUUCAUGGCCAUCGGAAUUAAGCACUCUGAAGACCCUAUCAAGGAGCCGCCCACAAGUAUCCUCCAAUUCUUCAGCUUUGCCAUCAACAUCAAGUCUGAGCAACCCCAUCGCAUCAGCCACAGCACCAAACUCUUCCACAAGCGGUGGACCCUUCUCUACGUCGCAAGAGAGACCUUCUGGAAAGACGUCAUCUGAUAAGCAUGGAAGCACGAAUAAUGGUACAGAAAGUCUGGUUCCCUCGAGAACGAAGAAUGGGCAUCCACCAUGGUCUACGCAUGCAUUCAAUCACACCAUCACUGGGACGGGGACUCGACCUCUGUCAACACAUCGCAACCGUGCCAAAGCCCAGACAACAGUCACGAUGGAAUGUCCAAUAGGUUUCGACGACUGCUAUGUAGUUGGCGAGCCAAAAUCUGCGGAUGAAUCUGUCUCAACUUCAACAAUCACGAGGAAAUGUACCCUAUUGUGUGACGAAGAGGAGCCAAUGACGAUUUACUCGAUUGUUCACACUAAGACGGUGACUUUUUAUGGCAAUAGAACUGACUAUACACCACCAUACUCCACGAUCAAGACCCCAGUGUACUGUUUGGAAUUUGAAGAAUCGCCAGCGUCUUUAACGCCAGAGGGAGAUUUUCCUGAGGUUACCCAAGUCGCAGCAGGAACCACAACGGAUUUUUUCAGGUCCCUUACGCCAUUCAUACGGCCAAAAGUCACCUUUAUCACGACAGACAAAAACCCCUCGGUCGUGUUCCCUUCUGACCCUCCACCCAAUUACAGCGCAACUUGGUCUGAUCCAUACCCAAAUCCGAUAGUACACAAAUCUGUGCCACCUGAGGGCGAUCAAGGCGAUCAAGGCGAUCAGGGUGAUCAGGGCGGUCUAGGCCGCCAGGGCGGCCUGGGACGGACGCCUGAGGGGAACAAUCAACCGCGACCCACGUUUCAUGUCACAGCAAAGGGGAAUGAGGUCAUCAUAAACAGCGAGAUAUAUAGUUCGCUGAAACCCGACCAGACCACGACCGUCAGCGUUGAUGGGGGCAAGUUUACGAUUUAUCCCACAGCCAUUGUCGGUUUAGGAGGCACUGUUGCGAAACCACCCCCUGCCCCGACUAAAUUCGGCGUCCCGUCGCCGACGAACGCCACUGUCGGCGGACUAGACGUGUCCUUGUCCGGCUCACAGGUUGCCAUUGGCGGCGUUACGAUGACCAUGCCGCCCCAUGGCACGACGACGAAUAUACAGGGACAAAGCGUGACAAUCAGCGCCAACCAAAUUAUAGUCGGAACAGGGUCAUUCAAGUUCAAUCCAGUCCAAGCACUGCCUGAAUCCGAAGUUGUAGUUGCGGGGGGCGAAAUGCUCACAGUUGCGGGUAAAAGCGUCGUAGUUGUGCAUUCAAAGACAAUCACGUACGGACCCGAUACACCGAUCACUACAGAAGUUGUUGAGGGCGACACGGUCACGAUUGGUCCGUCAGGCGUUCGUGUGCAUGGCCUUGUGCUAGGCGGCUUCCAAGCCAACGAGACGGACACGAAAUACGAGAUCAUCGGCGGAGCGACCGUAACCAAGAUUGCCCCUUCCAUCGCCAUCAUCAAUGGCGACACGUUCACCGUCGGGCCCGGCUCCCAUCUCACAACCACGGUGAUUGCCGGCCAAGAAUUCACACUCGGCCCCAUGGGCGUCAUCGUGUCAACCAUAACCCUAUCGUACCCAUUUGGUUCGACCGUCGUCACCACCAUCGCACCGACGGGUACCUGGCUCAAUACGCUUCCCAUAGAGACAAGUCGUUCCCCCAAGGACGACGAUGAUGAUAGUAUGGGCCCUUCUAUACGACCAAGCCUGUCCUGUGCGGGCGUGGCACUUUGCAUAGCGAUUGGCGUUUUAGUAUUUGCAUAA